GCCGGUCCUGGGCCGGGCGGGCAGCGCCCCGCUCCCCCCGUGCCCGUUUAACAGCCACGACGUGCCCGAGCUGGGCUCAGACCCCGGCGCCAACGAGCGCUGCACGAGGCUCCCUGAGAGCGCGGAGCUGGGGGUCAGCACGCCUCGCGCCCACGGGCUGUUUAUGAAAAGAAAGACGCAGCUAGCGCCCGGCAACAGAAUCGACCCGCCGCCGCCGGCUCUUCGCAAGCCCGGGGACUACAGCUCCCAGCAUGCAAUUGGGGCCGUGCAAGUGCAAUCAGCGCAUGCGCCGCCCAGAGAGGGUGAAUUUACCUCAUUUCUCAGCCGGGCGCGAUCCCAUCAUGUCCCUGGGCGACGCGAACCACAGUUUCGUUUUUCUCCUCAGAGUGCGAGGUUUUGUGACUCUUCGACGUAGUGUCGCUUGAGGGAAGAAAGGGUCGGGACCGGGGGUACAACUACGCAUUUCCUCCCAAACGUCACUUCCGGUCGCCAUUUUGUGCCUGAGCCGGGUGAAGUCUAGAAGCACCUGGGGCUCGCCGGUGUCGAGACGGUCGCCCGCCAGCGCCGCCAUGACGGAUCGUUACACUAUCCACAGCCAGCUGGAGCACUUGCAGUCCAAGUACAUCGGCACGGGCCACGCGGACACCACCAAGUGGGAGUGGCUGGUGAACCAGCACCGCGACUCGUACUGCUCCUACAUGGGCCACUUCGACCUGCUCAACUACUUCGCCAUCGCCGAGAACGAGAGCAAGGCGCGCGUGCGCUUCAACCUCAUGGAGAAGAUGCUGCAGCCCUGCGGCCCGCCCGCCGACAAGCCGGAGGAGUCCUAGCGCCGCCCCUCCCUCUGCCUUUCCAAGGGAGCCCCCCUCUCCGGCCCGCCCCCCAAACUUUUGGACCCGACCUGGUUUCCCGAGAACUCGCCCCGCCCGCAGGGGAGCGAAGCCGGGAUGGAUUCGGGGCGGGGGCGGCUCUCGGGAGGAGCGAGAAGCUGCCGCCUCGACACCGCCGGGGGUGGGAGCCUGGGCUCGCCGUGCUGGACCCCGCUGUUUCUUCCCGCUCUCGGCCGCGAGUGAGCCCGGCAAACGUAUUGCUCCGCCGCCCCGCCUCCAGCAGCGACCGUGGCCCGGGAGGGAGCCGGGACUGUGCCAGACCCCGGGCGGGGGAACCUGGACCCGCUGCUUCCCGAGAUGGGGCCUAACUACGAGGAAAGCACGUGUCUUCGCGACCAGCCAGUGCGGGGCCCGCUGCUGCUGAGGGGACUCGAGGGACUCGGCCGCGAGCCCUUUCCUGUGGGGUAGCACUGUUUGCAACCCCAUGCCACACUUUGUUUAGCUAUACGGAUUUUUUAUUUGUAUGUGAAAUAAAAAUGCAUUGAGUGAUUUCA